AUGAAUUUUUUCAACGAACCACAUGAUGUUCAAGUUAUUCUAGGACUCACUUUAGUUGGAAUUCCAGAUAGCUGGGACGAGAUCACCCUAGUAGGAUUCGUUAAAAGCUACAGUUAUGCGUUCGGACCUAAUGAAGUUUGUAUAAUUUCGACCUUUUUAGAAGAUCCAAACAACGGAAUAAGACGAGCACAUAUAACUUGCAGCAAUUUGUAUUCAAAACAGAAACUGCUUAAAAUUCGAUUAAUACCAGUAAUAGUUGGCUACGAAGAAAAAUUUUGCCAAAUAAUCACCAUACGACCUUAUUGUUUUUGGAUAAAACUUAGUUGUGAUUCUGUUCCUAUCCCUUAUAUGCUACCCAAGUAUGGUUCAAAGGACAUUUCGUACGAGUCUAUUGAAGCGAAAAUGCUUCUCCAUGAGAAUAAUAUUCAUCCUUCAAUUGUCGCUUGCCUUAUGGAAUACAAUCUAAUUCCCAAAGACGGUUCUUUCUGGUGUGCUUCCGAUGCAAUAGCAACCUGGAUGGAUGCAAAAGAUCAAGAUAAGAAGCUAUUUAACUGUUUAGAAACAUUGUUUGGAAAGGUACAAGACGCUGCAUCUAAUUUUGAACCAUAUCCCUACAAUAUCAACGACGAGUCAGUGUACUCGUCAAACUGGAACCAAGUUUUGUUAAAUCCGAAUUCGCAUGGUCAAACUCAAGUUUCGUGGCCUUGGGAAGCAGAUGCCAAUUCUGGAGGAAUGACUCCAGAACCUAGGCCCAAGCAAGGCAGGAAAAACGGAACUAAAAAGAUUGGAUGUAUAAGAUAUGAGGCUAACAGGAAAAGAUGGGUUGUAGAUAUGUCCAUAGAGGGGAGAAGGCUUCAAAAGUGCUUCCACGAGACCUUCUUCGGCCUACAGGGCGGCCUUGCUGAGGCCCUCAGAUGGCGUUUCGACUUCUUGUUAACUUCCAAAACACCGAUCUCUUCACAGUCCGAACUAAAGUGCAUUUCCGACGUAUUCGACAAGAUUAUGCUACUCAAUAUGCUUGAAAGCGACAAAUAUCGACUGAUUGACACUUUGAGAAAUCCUCAUGAGCGAUUCUCCGAUGUUUGCCAGCUGGAGGAGCUGAACGAGUUCAUAGACAAGAAGCUCCAGAAGCUGCAAACCAAUGACUUCCAAGAUACUGAAAGCAUAAACAGCGAAUACGCGGAACAGAACGAAACUGAGGAUCGGGAGGAAUUCUUGAGCAAAAGAGGUCUUCGACAAAAGAGAAAAGUCUGGAAAGCGAGUGUUAGAUAG